CCCGGCCAGCGCCGCACGCCCGCACCCCGGCCCCAAAUCCCCAUCGCCCCCUCGCCCGCGCCUCGCCCGCGAGCGGCGCCGGCCGGCCGCGCCCUCGCCCGCGAGCGCCGCCCAGGCGCCCACUGCCACACUGUCACACCGGCUCGGGAAGGCACUCGGGAGAGGGGAGAGAGAUGGAGGCGGCGCUGCGUGGGAUCAGGGGGAAGCUUACGGAGCACCGGGAGAAGGUGGUGAGCGCUCUGCUGUUCGGCUCGUUCGUGGCGCUGGGGUGGCGGUCGGCGGAGCAGCAGCGCGAGAUCGAGGGCCUGGAGGCCGAGAAGAAUUCCCUCCGCGCCGCCAACGCCGCCAUGUCCACCGUCAUGUGGGGAUGGCGGGAGGAGCUCUUCUCCCUCGCCGCCACGCCCUCCUCACCCAUCUCCGCCUCCCGCCUCCGCCACAUCUACGGCGAGGAGGAGCCCGCGCCGCCCAGGCCCAGGCAGCCAGGAUCAGAUGCUGGGGAGGAAUCGAUCUCUAUAGCGUGAAUCUUUUGCGCCUUUUCUGUUGCAGUGUACGGUGUUUAGCAUUGUCAGAUAGCCAGACUGUCUCCCUGAAGGCAAUAAUGUUUUGUUAGUUAACCAGAGUAAUUUUGCACUGUGUUGCAAAUAAGCUUACCGAUUUUCAUCGACCCUAACAUAUGGAACAGUGUCGUCCUUGGUUUUGCCUUUCAAAGCUAUACUGUGAGCUGGCAUAAUAUAAGGAACAGUGUUGUAUGAUGUGCUGCUUUUCCCCUCUGGAAACUUGAAAUUAUGUGCUGCUUUUAAUGUAUGGUAAUAGUUGGUGAGCUGAA